ACUACAGUAAACGCUGGUAACUGUGUAAAUUGACUAUAGAUAACAGAUGGCGUUAAAUACUUCGUAUAAAGCGACAUCUGUUGUCGAGUAGCAGAACUAUAUAUUUUCACAUAUUUUCGUUAAUUAAAACGUUUUCGACAGAAACAUGAGUAGUAUUUUUCCAUUACAAUUUUCUGACUCGUAUUAGGUAUCUUUCAAUUACCACUAUAGCAUUAAAACAAGGCGAUACUAGAAUCAAUUAAAAAGUUUUCAAUAGACUCCGCAGCGACAGUGGCGCCGACAUUUUCCAUAUAUCAGGGUUUGUUUUCACGAAUACUUCAUUCCACCGUAAAUCGUCCUCGCGUGAACACCUGAUCCUGACGGGUCCGCGCACGUGACACACAACUGAAAGCCGGCUUUUCCACUGUUUGUCCUUCAAGAAAUAAUCAAUAAAUUUAAUUUUUCUUCCCCUUUUACUCUGAAACGAGUGGAUUUUUGUGGAUAACAACGCGGAGGCGGUGCAACCGGGAGCGCUUCAAAGAUAUCGGUCCGCGUGCAAUUUUCCGCGUUCAGCGCCAGCUUUUCGUGGGAGCGCAACCAAUAUUCCUACAAAAACGUUAAAACCGAAGAGUCAUCGUCACCGCCGAAGAGAUGGCGUUCAUGAUGCCGGUCAUGAAGAACGACUGGGACAUAUACAACUCGCAACGGUCGCGGAAGACGUCGGAGAACGCGGAGAAGGGCCCUGGCGGGCGUGUGCGGAAGGUGUCGGAGUCGCGCUCCGAGGGCCCCGCGCUGUCGCCGCGCUCGGCGGCCGCGCUGAGUCCGCACCGCUCGGCGCCCGCCAUGCGCUCGCUGUCCUACUGCCGCGCGCCGCCGUCGCGCGUCUCGCUGCGCUACGCCGACAGCCCCAAGGGCUCGGCUAGCCCGCCCGCGCCCAAGGCCCGCGAGGACAAGUUCCACAGCAGGGCGCGCGCCGAGUCUCCGCCGCGAGCCGGGCGCUGCGGGGCCUGCGUGCCCUACCUGUGAGCCUCGCGACGGCCCCAAGCCUCGCGCGCGCCGCCACACUAUCUGUGAUAUGUACGAACCGGAGGACUCUACAGUUGAGUAAUGUUUGAAUGUGCUACUAAUAUGUAACAAAUAACCGCCUGCUGGUUCUAGAGACGCUGAAGGACCUAUCCGACUUAAAUAUUUCUGUUUCAUCAACAUGACGCAAUAGUGUACUUUGCUUUCCUUCUAAAUUUUCUGCCGAUGUUUAUUUACUUUUCCGGUUAGUUUUUACGAUUGUUACACUUACACAUCUAAUCCAUAGCCUCAACUCAAAGCUACACUUUUGCUGUUGCAUGUUCAUUUGUGAAUUAAGGCAGUUAUAUUUUAAUUGUAACUAGUAUCGUAAGUAAAUGUAAUACGAAGUAUUGGUUCGGAGAAGGUUGUCAGUCAGUAUUAGGUUGUAAUGUAUUGUAAACGGCUGUUUGAAUGGAUUAAGACUGCGUUAGGCUAAGGUCGCCGUAGGUCGAGUCGGGCUCGGUACGAGUAUAUUAUAAUACCCGAUAAAUAUAAAUAGUAUACCUAUGGCAGUUUCAGCAUGCUAUCUGUGAUUUGUUGUUUGUAAGUUUACGUGGAGUUAUUUAUUUUAGCAGUAUUGAUAAACAAAACACCCACUCUAGUGUUUAUGUAUACGUUUAGUUUCAUAUUUCUGAAAUGUGAUUGAUCCACUGGAAAUUUUAAAUUUGUAGUAGUUCUGGUGUCACACACUGUUAGAUUUUUGGUCCUUCAUAUUCAUAUUUUCUACCCCCUUAAAUAUUUAUUAGUAUUUUAUUAAAAACUUCAUCUGUAAAAAUUUGACUCAAUCAACGUUUUUCAGAACGACUAAUGAAAAUUGAGCAUCGACGAAAUACAAAAAAGUUUAUAUAAUUAUAUGAAUAAUGAAAUUAAAGAGUACCUUAUUAUUCUAGAAAUAUACAAGUAUUGUUAAUGAAAACUGUCGAUAUUGUUACAUUUAGGCAAAACGAGAUUUAGUCGUCAAAACAGUGAGAAUAAUAAUAAAUUUUAGUUUGAUAGUUGGUUGACAUAAGGGGUGUAGCUCCAUUUAUUUUAAUCUUUUGUUAUGGAUUUUGCAUGAGUUUAUGUGAUGUUAAUAUAAUUGUGUAUUUCAUCGACUCGACUGUGUAAAUGGACCAGCUUUAUAAAAUAUUUAUAAUAGUAAUCAUUAGCUAUUCCAGUCGUCAGUGACACUGAAUCGAUUUAAAGGAUUCGUCACCGAAUAAUUAGAAAAUUCUAAAUUUUAAGGCAUAUCUGAAUGUUUAUAAUGUUAGAUUUAAAAUAUGAAAUGUUACAAUUGUUCACCACUUCCAUAAAAUCCGUUUAGGAUGUUUACAUCUUUAAAAUAAUGGGAUAUUGGUUAGGGGUGAAGUAUAUGUGCAUUAAUACAUUUACUAUUGAUAAUGUAUUGGUGUACGUUUCCGUUCCUUGAAUCAAAACUGCCAUACAUUUUGGAACUUGCCUCGUUGGUGGCAAAGGACAGGAAUCGUAAAGGAGCCUGCACUUUGCCAAUGACGAUUUCUAAGAUUAGCCCACAGGUUUUCCACAUUUCUAGUUGUCAAUGUUUAUCUGGUUUCUAAGUAAUUAUCUUAUUGUACAUACUCGUAUGUCAUGUCCAAAUAGUACCUAUAUGAAUGUAUGCAAGCAGUGUCUGAUUUAAAUACAUAUAAAGCUUAUUAUCUAAAAA